AUGACCCACCAACAUCCCCUCCAGGGCGGUUGCUCUUGCGGGCGAAAUCGCUAUACCAUCCAGAUCCCUCAAGAUGCCACCGAAAGUGCACGAGUCUUAUUUGACAGCAGUGCCGUUGCACGCCGAUCUCAAGCAGCUCCUCUUUCUGCGUGGCUCCGUGUGCCACUGACAUGGUAUCAAUCAACAACUUACGCUUUCUUCGAAGAUGAAAACCACUCUGCAAUAUACCGUUCCUACACCUCUCCACACGAGCAGGACGCCAAACGCAACUUCUGCGGCUUCUGCGGAACGCCUCUAUCGUACUGGUCUGAAUCGCCUGCCAGCGAGGCCGAAUACAUCUCUCUGACCUUGGGAUCCUUGAAUGGCUCUGAUUUGCGGGAUCUGGAGGAGUUGGGUGUUUUCCCUACAGAAGCCCUCGAAGAUGCGGAGAGCGACAAGGAGAAGAUCGAGAAGGCCGUCCCUAUUGCUGGGAGUUACACUACGAGCGAGGGAUUGCCGUGGUUUGAGACAAUGGUCGAUGGAAGUAGAUUGGGCAAGCUGAAGAAGAGUAGUGGUCACCGCCAAAGUGGCAGAUAUAAGGUGGAGUGGGAAAUUGUGGAGUGGACUGAUGAUGCGGAGGAUGUGAAUGUGAGUUCUUCGAAGAGGAAACUGGGCGAAGUGGAGGAGGGUGACUUUCGAAUGGAAGGUACACAAUGA